CCUACUCCUUCGUUCUUGCAUCUAGUAUACUGGCUUCCUACACCUGUAUGUGCCGAGCUGAGCCCUAAAAUGAAUUUUGAAACUUAUAUAUCAACAUAUAUGGAUGUUGUUGAUUACCCUGAAUGGAGCCUGUUGGGACUUUUGCAGUACUUGGAAACAAGGGUUGAAUACACAAGUGCUAGUCUGCAAGACAUCAUUAACAUAUUUAUGGAUCUUUUGGAUGUCAAGUCAAAAAGCCGUUGCUAUCUCAAAUCAACAAGGAGAAGAGCUGAGAAGCUCUGUUCAACAUUGAAUAUAACAAAAACUCGAUCAGAGGUUCAGCGAUUCCUCCAAAAACUGGAUCUCAAGCAUGCCCAGAGUUGUUAUGCCACAGACAUUGAAUUGAAUGUCACCAUGGACAAAUCUGCCACCAUAGAACUGACUUCUGCAAAUUAUGUAGCGUCUGUACAGGAAAGGUUGCAAUCUACUUCUGAGAGCCAGGUGCAUGCCCAUGAUAAUGAAGUUAGCAAUAAUAGUGUCACAGAUGUAGAUGACAUGGAUGUAGGCAUAUUGGAGCCAUCAACUCCAUCUCCAUUGCCAAAAAGGGCUAUGGCCACAGAGACUUUAUUGAUCACUCCACAAAAACGACCAUUGGAAAAUGAGAUAAUUCAACGAUUUACAGACAAUUUACCACUGAUCUGUGCAUUUGGCAUGUCAAGUGAACAACUGGUGCCUCUUGUUGGAUCUGAAAUGGCACAACAAGCAAAGUAUUUUCGGAGUCAACAUCCAUCUACAUGGACACCAGCAAUUAGAAACUACCUUGGUGAUGCCUUCAAA